AUGUCCCAUGGCGACAUACUUUAUGGACCGCCCAGUGGUCCGCCGCCCAUACUAUUACCGGCUGAGGUCCAUCAUAUCGCUCGCCAUGGAUGGCUUCCGGUCACGCUACCAGAACAUCUGUCUCAUGCGUUGCAACGGCUCCAGGUAGCAGCGUGCGACUUCUUCUCCCUCGAGGCUGAGCAGAAGCGCCUGCUAUACCCUUUAAGUCGCGGCACAGAAUGUGGUUUCUACGAGGUUCCAGCGGAGAAGCAGUAUGUGACAAUACGCCACACGAUUCAUGACAGCUCAUGCUUGGAGACAUGUGCUCGAGAAGUUUCGCGGGAUGCCACGGCCUUUCUCCACCGAAUAUUAUGCGACAUAAGCCGUGCUGGUGGCUAUGGCCUCGAUGCCUGGAAUGGCAUGCUAGACGGUUCACACGAAAUGCCUGAGGAUGCCAAGAGGCUCGACGAUGUGACGACGCAGCUACGUCUUUUCCAGUACGAACCAAUGACAGGCAUAGCCACAGAACAUGUCGACAUAGGUCUGCUCACGUUGUGCGUGAGCGACACACCAGGUUUACAGGUGCUCGACAGAUUUACGACACCACAUCGAUGGAUAGAUACCAUCGGACCGAUCGUGCUGGUCGGUGACAUGACUAGAGCGUUAUUCCGUAGCCAGGUGCGUGCUGGUAUGCAUCGUGUCGCCGGAAAUCCAGAUGGACGCAACAGCAUAGUCUAUGCCUUGCGACCGUGCUUGAAAGGUAUGGUGGACUUGGCAAGUUGGGGCGGUGAAGGCCAAGUCGACACCCGAGACUACUUCCUUAAGAUCAAAGGGAGUAGGCACAACAUUAAUGCUACUCAUGAUAUUAGGGAGACUCAAAAGUCUAAUCAGCUUAGGAAAUGCCAGGUUGUGCUAUCUGGUACCGGCUGA